GCUUUGCCAUUUUCCCCAUGGACGGCCUGAAGCUCCACGCGUCCUUUUGAGUACAAUAUUGCAGGUAAGCACUGAGGUGAAUCCACGGUACCAGAUCUUUAUUGUCACUACACACAACAAGUACACUUCCAAAGAAGCAUCGCUGUCCCGAGUUUGUGUGGGACUAUAAUCAUCGUCGUUACAUCUAGGGUGUCGUACACAGGAGUCUCUUUGCCUUGUCCCCCUCAGAACCAUCUCACACUCGGCCGGCUGUCUCUUACCUCCUCCACAAACCCCCCUUCCAAAGCAGCAAUGUCUGCGGAAAAGACGUACAAGAAUGACCCGAUGGGCAUCCAGCGAGGCGUCUACGGCCGCCACUGGUUCGGGAAUAUCGUAUUCAGCGCCAGCCGCACCUUCACCGGUCCCGUGCAAUACCUCCUGAUCGGGGCGCAUCCACUGGGGCGAUACUUCGGCGUCCCUCCGCCCCCGACGGGAGGCUUCAUCACUGUUCUCGGCCACACGGUGCCUCGUUACCAGGCCCUAGCCGCCCUCAUGCCCACCUACCUCGCCGUCAAGCAGAUCUUUUGGAUCAACGUGCUUGCGCGCGAGAAACUGAGCAAGACCUUCCUCUGGUUCGCUGUCCCCGCGGGCAUGGUCGUCGAGGUCGUCCACAGCCUCGCCUUCACCGCGGCGUCCAGGAAUCCUCUGUUCUCCGACCGUGCAUUCAACAUCGGCCUGGCUCUGUUCGUGGCGGGAAAUAUCCUCGAACUCGUCGCCGAUGUCCAGCUCGCUCUCCAUCGCUGGAACCCCAAGAACCGGGGCAAGGUGUGCAAGACGGGUGUGUGGCGAAUCACGAGGCAGAUCAACUACACCGCCAACGUCAUCUUCGGAUUUGGUUAUGCCAUGGCGCUCGGCGGUCCCGUGUACGGAAUGGUGACCACCGCGGCGACCUAUGUCACAAACUUUUUGACAAACGCCGGUCCGUCCAAGGAGCACUAUUGCCAAGAAAAGUACGGCGAGCAGUGGGACGAGUACAAGAAGGAGGUUCCGUAUGUGUUGAUCCCCUGGAUCUACUGA